CAAUUUGAGAAAUUCACUUACAAUGUUGGUAUAUAAUCCCUUAUUUGAGGUAUGAAAAUAAGUUAAUUAAUAAUAAAUUUUAAUUUAUGGGAAGCAAGGCCGAGAAUUAAAUUGAAUAAUAUUCAGGAUAAGACUUUGGUGAUAAGAUUAGCUUUACCGUUGGUGUCAGUUACAUGUUAGCCUCAUCAAUUGGAUUAAUGAAGGGGGCAAUAGAGGGAUUCCCAAGAUAAUUCAAUAUGCCCAAAAAAUUGAUUCUAAAUAAUUUCUUUAAUGCUGUUGGAAAACGCACAUCAACAUAUGGUUAAGCUGCUGCUAGUGCCAGCAUGCUUUAUUAUUUUGUGGGUGCAGGAAUGAAUCUCUUGUUUGAAGAUGAAUUAGCUGAUAUCAACUAACUUAAAAAAAAUAUGCUUUGCGGCGCUAUUUCAGGAGCUGUAUACAAAUCUACACUAGGAAUUGUUCCAUUUUUCGUUGGAGGAAUAGUUGGAGGAUCAUUAAUUGGUGGUCUUACACUUUUGGUAGAGAAUUUUAAUAGAAGAGGAAUUGUAGCUUUUGAAAUGAAAUUUUGA